AUGGCCGCAAGCCCCGCUGCCCCCCUGGCCUGGGCGCUGCUACUCCUCUCGUUGGCUCUGCUCCGCGGCGGCUGCCGGGCGCGCUUCGCUGCCGAGCCGGACUCCGAAGACGACGAAGGGGAGGCGGUAGUAUUCCCCGAGUCGCCCCUGCAGAGACCCACGGUGAUGGUGGCCGUCCUCGCGCGUAACGCUGCGCACACGCUGCCUCACUUCCUCGGCUGCCUGGAGCGGCUGGACUACCCCAAGAGCAGGAUGGCCAUCUGGGCUGCCACUGAUCACAAUGUGGAUAAUACAACAGAAAUACUCACGGAGUGGUUGAAAAAUGUCCAGAGAGCCUAUCACUAUGUGGAGUGGAGGCCUAUGGAUGAACCUGAGUCUUAUCCUGAUGAAAUUGGACCAAAGCACUGGCCUGGCUCCCGUUUUGCCCAUGUGAUGAAACUACGACAGGCAGCCCUUCAAACUGCAAGGGAAAAGUGGUCAGACUACAUUCUGUUCAUAGAUGUUGACAACUUCCUGACUAAUCCACAGACCCUCAGUCUACUGAUUGCAGAAAACAAAACUGUUGUGGCCCCCAUGCUGGAGUCUCGGGGCCUGUACUCUAAUUUCUGGUGUGGAAUCACACCUCAGGGCUUCUAUAAACGGACCCCAGACUAUCUUCAGAUUAGAGAAUGGAAGAGGUUGGGCUGCUUUCCGGUCCCCAUGGUCCACUCCACGUUCCUAAUUGACCUCAGGAAGGAAGCGUCUGACAAGCUGAUGUUCUACCCCCCGCACCAGGACUACACCUGGACCUUUGAUGACAUCAUCGUCUUUGCCUUCUCCAGCAGGCAAGCAGGCAUCCAGAUGCACCUCUGCAACAGAGAGCACUACGGCUACCUGCCCAUCCCCCUGAAGCCCCAUCAGACCCUACAGGAGGACAUUGAGAGCCUCAUCCAUGUGCAGAUAGAAGCAAUGAUUGACCAUCCUCCAAUGGAACCUUCCCAGUUCGUCUCAGUUGUCCCUAAAUAUCCAGACAAGAUGGGAUUCGAUGAGAUUUUCAUGAUAAACCUCAAGCGCAGAAAGGACAGGCGGGACCGGAUGUUACGUACCCUCUACGAGCAGGAGAUUGAGGUCAAGAUUGUCGAGGCUGUGGAUGGAAAGACACUCAACACAAGCCAGCUGAAGGCCCUGAAUAUUGAAAUGCUGCCCGGAUAUCGAGAUCCCUACUCCUCCAGGCCUCUAACUAGGGGUGAAAUUGGCUGCUUCCUUAGCCACUACUCUGUCUGGAAAGAGGUAAUUGACCAAGAGCUGGAGAAGACUCUUGUUAUCGAGGAUGAUGUGCGUUUUGAACAUCAGUUUAAGAAGAAGCUCAUGAAGCUGAUGGAUGAUAUUGAUCGAGUCCAGCUGGAUUGGGAACUGAUUUAUAUUGGCAGGAAGAGGAUGCAACUAAAAGAGCCAGAGAAAGCUGUGCCCAAUGUGGUAAAUCUGGUCGAAGCUGACUAUUCUUACUGGACUCUGGGCUAUGUCCUCUCUCUGGAAGGAGCACAGAAGCUUGUUGGAGCCAAUCCUUUUGGGAAGAUGCUACCAGUGGAUGAGUUUCUGCCAAUCAUGUACAACAAGCAUCCUGUUGCUGAGUACAUGGAACAUUACGAAUCCAGGGACUUGAAAGCCUUCUCUGCAGAACCCUUGCUCAUCUACCCAACACACUACACAGGCCAGCCAGGGUAUCUGAGUGACACGGAGACCUCAACCAUCUGGGACAAUGAGACAGUGGCCACUGACUGGGACAGGACACAUGCCUGGAAGUCCAGGAAGCAAGGUCACAUCUACCGCAAUGCCAAGAACACAGAGGCCCUGCCACCGCCAACCUCCCUGGACACUGUGCCUUCGAGAGAUGAGCUAUGAGGGCUCCAUGGGGGGUUUACUGCCC